AAUUUUUUCUUUUGCAUGGAUGGGACGGAAGGCUUUUCUGUCCCCGCCUCGUGGACAUCUCUAUUUUCACUCUUUAGAUCUAGGAUUAGAUGAUUAUUCAGUUCCUAAGGUUUCGAACCAGGUAAAGAUCCACAUGUGUAAUGUAUAAUUGUAUUAUAAAUAAAAACUAUAUUAUAAAAUUAAUGGUAAAGUGAGUAUAUUUGACUCAAACCCAUAAUAAAGCCAAUUAAAUUCUUUUAUGGGUUUGUGUUUUUAAUUUAAUAUGUAAAGAUAGAAUUCAUAAUUUUAGGAGAGGGCUAAAUUGAAAAUUUUGUAAGAGAUUAGGGACUAUUGUGUAAUUGUGUAAUAUUUAUGUUAAUACAUAUAUAUAAAAGACAAUAUUUGGGGCAUUCAGAGAAAAGUGUUGGCUUUUCGUAUCUGCCGAGUUAAGACUUUAUGCCGUCCAAUGAAAUGAUCCAAACCCAAAUUCAGAGAUGAGCGGCGCCACCGCCACCGCCACCGCCAACCGUCUUGUUCCCCAUCCCCUUCUCCUUCUCCAGUCCAUCCGCCGUCGCCGCCGCCGCCCUUAAACCCCUUCUCAUGGUCACCGCCGCUACUCCCACCCCCAAGCGCAGUAAACUGGCUCUCCACCCUCACCACCACCGCCCCUCUCCGCCGCUUCUCCCGGGCCUCCCCGAUGACGUGGCACAACUCUGCCUCUCCCAUCUGCCUCCUUCCCUCCUCUUCUCCGUCUGCCGGUCAUGGCGGCGCCUCCUUUACUCCCCUUCUUUCCCUCCGUUCUUCUCCCUCUACGCCCUUCUCUCCUCCUCCCCUGAUUCCAUCGAUUUCUUCAACUUCGAUCCCAUCUCUUCCAAAUGGACCUCUCUCCCUCCCCAUCCUAAUCCCCCCUCUCUACAGCUCUUGAUCCACCACCCCUCUUUCCUCUCCCGCCACCUCCCCGUUCAGUCCCUCGCCGUCUCCGGCCACCUCCUCCUCUUAGCCGCCACCACCCACAACCUCCUCCCCGCCCUUCCUCGCCCUCUCCUCUUUUCCCCUCUUUCUAAUUCCUGGCGUUUCGCCCCUCCUCUCCCCACCCCUCGCCGCUGGUGCGCUGCCGGCUCUCUCCGCGGCUCCGUCUACGUCGCUAGUGGAAUCGGCUCCUUCUUCUCCACCGAUGUCGCUCGAUCCGUCGAGAGAUGGGAUUUGAAACCCAUAGACGGUGGCGCGUGGGAGAAGGUGAGUGGGCUUAAGGAUGGGAGAUUUAGCAGAGACGCCACUGAUGCUGUGGGGUGGAGGGGGAAGCUCUGUAUGGUGAAUGUGAAAGGGGAUGCGCGGAAAGAAGGGUUGGUUUAUGAUUUGGAGAGGGAUGAGUGGGAGGAGAUGUCGGAGGGGAUGAUCGGAGGUUGGAGAGGGCCGGUGGCGACCAUGGAGGAGGAAGAGAUGUAUGUGGUGGAUGAAGUCACCGGAAGUCUGAGAAGGUAUGAUCCGGAAAGGGAUUUCUGGGAAGAGGUAACGGAGUCAAAUCGGCUGAAAGGGGCGGUUCAGAUGGCGGCCGGCGGCGGCAGAGUAUGCGUGGUGUGCAGCGGAAGUAGAAGGGAAAUCGUGGUGGUGGAUGUGGUAGCGUCGCCACCGCGGCUGUGGGUUGAGGCGACGCCGCCGGGGAUGGAGGUGGUCGCCGUCCACGUGCUGCCCAGAAUGAGUACCCCAAGGUCAUGAUGGUCCGUUCCGCGUUGUUUAAUAAAUUGAUUGAAAAAUAAUAUCGAUAAUUUAAUUAAUUGAUGUUUUUGUUUUUGGAAAGGAAAGGAAAAGUGGACAUUUGUCGGUUUAGAGAAAGAGCAUUUGCCAUCCACUCUUCAAUGCAUCGACUCCCGAUUAGGGAAUAUUAAUUUUACUGUUUUCUUUUUCUUAUUUAGAAAAUCAUUAUUCAAAUUACAAAA